AUGGCUUUUUUUCGCGCAGCUAAGAGAGUCAUUUGUCGACGGCAUCACACUUUUGCCUUGCUGGACACCAAUGAGCUCAUUUCGAGAGGCAUUCCGGUUGAAGGAGGGACCGUACCUAGUCGAGAUUUUUUGGAGUGGAUCAGCAUCGAAAAAAUAGGAUCGCAGAACUUCUUCGCUCCCCGCAACCUAACGCAACAACAUUUGAUGCCGUCUCUUUCACAAUUCGAGCAGAUACUGGCACAUUGCAUGGCCAGAUGGCUAGCCGUGGACUAUAAGCUUAAUUCGUAUCCUUACUUCGAUCUGAAUAUCUUGACGGUAUAUACAGAUCUGCACCAAUCACUUCGACUGUCACGAUCCAUCUUGAAUUAUUUCAAACACACAACGCCUGACGAUUUAUAUCAACGCGUCCAUUGUUUCUUGUUGCCGCUCCAUAGCAACAACCUUUUGGGAAGAAACAUGAAAGUAUCUGUCCCUGACGAUAAAAUCACUGUAUUGCAGGACGGCAUUUUAUCAUUCCCCCAAUCACUGUGGAUUGAAGACCCUGUGUAUAUAAUUAUGGCCAACGACGUACUACGACAUUUACCCCAGGAUUAUGUCCGCAAAAACUCAAAAAAUGAGUGGGAACAGCGUUUUACAGAUAUUUACCCCGAUGCGACUCGUUGUGAAAGGUUCAGCAAGUCCGUUGACUAUUUGUGCCAGAUAACCCUUGACACGUUGCAACCAAGGUUGAAUGCCAGUGGCAUUCAGGAAAGCUAUAUCCCUUCCCGCUUGCUGCAGCUUUUUCAGCUGCUACAUAACUGUGCUCCUGAACACAAACUUUUGGCAAUGGAUGCCGCCCUGAGCCCUGCUUCUUCCAUUUACCAACAACUACUAUCAAGAUUACUUUCGGGAGAUGAGAAAUUUCGAUCGAGUGUAGCAUGUGGUCCAGAUAAUUCAAUAUCAAGCGAGGCAGCGACUACCUUCAUAUCGGACUUUGCAGAAUUGCGAAGAAUCUAUGUUGCAACCAGUAACGGUACUAAAACAUGUCAGUCACAGACGCUCAACUCCUUUACCGACAAUUGGAUUGACAUAGAAGAGACUGAGCAAAUACUGGGGCUGCACGAUCUUCAUCUGAAAGCUCAAUGGAUGAAAGACUCAGGUAUUGACGUUCUGUAUAGCUGA